GCUGAUCUUAUGAAAGUUUACAAAAAAUAUAGGAAAAUAUGAAGAAAAACAAAAAUCAUUUUAAAUCCCAUUGCCAUCAUGUCUUUUUGUUCAUGAGCUGAUUUUUAAGAAAAAAUGUGGUAAAAUAUACACAAUAUAAAAGGUGCCAUUUAAAACCAUUUGUAAAUGUACAGUUUCAUGGCAUUAUGUACAUUUACAUUGCUGUGCAACCAUCACCACCAUGAUGAACUCUUUUCAUCUUCCCCAACUGAAACUGUGUACCCAUUGAGCAAUAACUCCCUAUCCUCCUCCCCCCAACCCCCAACAACCACAGCCUAAUUUUUUUUUACUUUGUAUUAAAAUACAGUAUUUAUACAGAACAGUACACAUGUCAUAGCUACACUGAGAAACCACUGACAAACCAUGAGGAAAGGAAUAUUUUUAAGGGUUAUGUAGAGGUUGGCUUUUUUCUUUGCAGAGCCAGUUUCCUGUGUUCUCAUAGUACGGAUUUACCUUCUCUUAACCAUCACGUAAUUUCAAUUGAUUAUGUUCUGUAAACAGACUGGUGGCUAGCUCAGAGCUAGCUGUAGGCCAGAGCAUAAUAAAGCACUGUGCAGUAUUACGUCACAAGAUUUUUGCAUAGGGCUUAGUCAAGGCUUUUGGAACCGCCCUCAGUUGCACCUUGUGCUAUAUUAGUAGUGCUCAGACAGGAAGAAUUUUCUUUUGCUGGCGUUGCUCAUCCGGGUACCUUCAGGAAGAUUGGAUAACCAAGAAAUGACUAAUCGAGAGUCCGCUGUACUUGUGAAAAUGAUGCCAGAAUUCCAGAAAAAUUCAGUUCACAUCAAGAACCCUACAAAAGUAGAAGAAAUUAUCUGUGGACUUAUCAAAGGAGGAGCUGCCAAACUUCAGAUAAUAACAGACUUUGAUAUGACACUCAGUAGAUUUUCCCACAAAGGGAAAAGAUGCCCAACAUGUCACAAUAUCAUUGACAACUGUAAACUGGUUACAGAUGAAUGUCGGGAAAAGUUAUUGAAACUAAAGGAAAAGUAUUAUGCUAUUGAAGUUGAUCCUUCUCUUACUGUAGAACAGAAGUACCCACAUAUGGUAGAAUGGUACAAUAAAUCACAUCGUUUGCUUGUUGAACAAUCUUUACCAAAAGCUAAACUUAAAGAAAUUGUGGCAGAAUCUGAUGUUAUGCUCAAGGAAGGAUAUGAGAAUUUCUUUGAUAAGCUCCAACAACACAGUAUCCCGGUGUUCAUAUUUUCAGCUGGUAUCGGUGACGUUCUAGAGGAGAUUAUCCGUCAAGCUGGUGUUUAUCAUCCAAAUGUCAAAGUUGUGUCCAACUUCAUGGAUUUCGAUGAAAAUGGAGUACUCAAAGGAUUUAAAGGAGAACUAAUUCAUGUAUUUAACAAACAUGAUGGUGCCUUGAAGAAUACAGAAUAUUUUAAUCAACUAAAAGACAAUAGCAACAUAAUUCUGCUGGGAGACUCCCAAGGAGACUUAAGAAUGGCAGAUGGGGUAGCCAAUGUUGAACACAUUCUGAAAAUUGGAUAUCUAAAUGAUAGAGUGGAUGAGCUUUUAGAAAAGUACAUGGACUCUUAUGAUAUUGUUUUAGUGCAAGAUGAAUCUUUGGAGGUAGCCAACUCUAUUUUACAGAAGAUUCUAUAAACAAGCUUUCUUCAAGAAGACCUCUCUCCCAUGGGUGCAAUUGAUGCAAGAACUGCUCAUCUGUUCAUCUUGCUGAAAGACUCUUAUUUAUAAUACAUCCUUAUUCUUGACGUUUCCUUUUACAUAACUGAAGUAUUUUCAGACAUGUUGAAUCCACCAACUGGAAGCUCCCCUUUCUCCAUUUCUCGCAACACACUCCUCACUAUAUUUUUUAACAGAUUAAAAAAAAAAAAAUCUUAAAGCCAAAAUUAGAAAAAUAACUCCCUACUUUUCCAAAGUGAGUUUUGUAGUUUAAUGUUAUCAUGUUUUUGAGGAGUCUUUUUUACACCAGGGAAGUUUGUCAAAAUUUAACAAGAUGUUUUAUGAAAUGGUGAAAUAAUGUGCAUGAUUUUAAAUAUUGCCAUUUUUGUAAUUUGGGUUAUGAUGCUGAUGGUAUCACUGUCUCUUGAAAUUGUGUUAUGUUUGGUUACUUUGGGGUAAAUCAGUAUUUACCAGAAAAGACUGGUACUUAGUGUUGGAAAAAGUUGGUGUUCACAAUGUCACUAAUCAUUAUAAAAUGUUCUGUACUGAAGCACUGAUAACAAAUAUGAAAUGAAAAGCCUUUUUAAUUCUGUUGUCAAAACUA